AUGGAUGGCGGCGGUGUUACAUCCUCUUCCGCCGAUAAAUCCGCCACAGGACAGCGUCGAGCGAGGCAGGAGGGUUCUAAUGACUCAGAUCCAUCGGGAUCUCAACCCCCACCACAAUCAUCUUCAUCAAGUGACAACACUAACGGCAGUUUCGAGUGCAAUAUCUGCCUAGAUCAAGCUCAGGACGCCGUCGUAAGUCGUUGUGGUCACCUCUUCUGUUGGCCCUGCCUUCAUCAGUGGUUGGAGGUGAAAAAGUCUAGACCUGUGUGUCCCGUUUGCAAGGCUGCCGUCAGUCGCGACUCGGUAAUUCCUCUUUAUGGGAGGGGAGCUGACCAUAAGCGGGAUCCUCGUGAUAAGGUUCCCCCGAGGCCACAAGGAGUGAGAACGGAGCCUGAAUCCCAAAGAGUGAGUUCGAAUCUUUAUAACAUCUUUGGGGGAAAUGCCAGGGAAGAGGGUGAGGGUAGUGGAGGCAAUUUACAGGUCUCCUUCGGUUUCGGUCCCUUCCCCUUCGGUCUCUUCGCGACUACAUUCAAUAUCGGUGGUGGCGGUGGUGUAUUUUGCCUCUCCAGUUCUGUGAUGGUUCGGAUAAAGUAUCGCUACCUCAUAUCGAUAGUGUCAGUGGGGGCUCCAUUCGAUGGCAGCGCCUCGCGCAGCGUCACCCAUCGUCCCGCCUACCCUGGAUGCCACACUCUCUCCUCUUCCACAUCCGUCAUCUCCUCUCCUGACGUCGACACGAUGAUCUACAGGGCCAUACGGCGUUCCGUGCAGACGGCUCACGGCACCUUUGGUGUCGGUCGCUUAAUGACACGAUUUCGCAUCAUCUACUGGAAUACAUCUUCAGGCCUCCUCAUCAUCAGGGUUCUUCGUGGCCUUCCGACCGAGCAGUUGACUUCUGCUCUCUCUCUCAUCACCUCGGUAUACGACGGAUCAGUUGAGCGGCCGGCCGUGAUUGACGUAGUUCAUCGAAGCGGCACAGUUCGCUGUUGUCAGAAGUUCAUUGGUGAAUACUACAAGGUCCAGCUGUCGGGCUCUAUUUGGGGCGUGCGGGAGACAGCCAUUGCUCGGGCUGCCGCAAAUCGACUGAUCGAGGCAAAACCUCCAGAUUUGACCUGA